UAUAUAUAUAUCCAAGUGAUAUCUUGAUCAUGGAGAGUACAGAUUCGUCGACGGGGUCCCCGUUACCUCAACUCCCUCCGGGCUUUCGUUUCCAUCCAACCGACGAAGAGUUGGUGGUUCACUACCUUAAGAAACGAGUGGCCUCCGUCCCUCUUCCUGUGUCCAUCAUCGCGGAAAUUGAUCUAUAUAAGUUUGAUCCAUGGGAGCUCCCAGCCAAGGCAACCUUUGGGGAGCAAGAAUGGUAUUUCUUUAGCCCGAGGGACCGGAAGUACCCGAAUGGAGCUCGGCCUAACAGGGCAGCGAAUUCCGGGUACUGGAAAGCCACGGGAACCGAUAAGCCGGUGAUGACAUCCGGUGGUACACAAAGAGUUGGUGUCAAGAAGGCUUUAGUUUUUUACGGAGGAAAGCCACCAAAAGGGGUUAAAACCAAUUGGAUCAUGCAUGAGUAUCGCCUUUCUGAUGGUAAAACCAUCUCCAAACCAUGUGAUCCUAUCAAACAAAAAGGCUCUUUAAGGCUAGAUGAUUGGGUAUUAUGUAGAAUCUACAAGAAGAACAAUGUACAAAGGCCUAUGGAUAGCGACAACAUUGAUCAUCAUCAUCAUCAACACAAUAUGAAUGGAAUGUUAUCAUCUAUACCUCCAUCUAUUUCACUAUCAAACAACCAUGUGCAAGGAAUGAUUCUCAAGCCAUCCACAACAACAACAAGUCAUCAUGUACUAGGAUAUAAUACAUUGUUAGAGAAUCAUGAACAAAACCUCAUGUUCGAUACUUCUAGGAUGAACACAAACGAUAGUGAUCAAACAAACACAAACACUUGUAAUCUCCUUCCGGUCAAAAGAUCCCUUUCCGCUGGCCUUUUUUGGAACGAAGACACUUCAGGAGGCAAUAACAAUACGAAAAGGUUUCUCACGGCCGAUCAGAGUACUAGUGAUGUGAGUGUCAUGGCCGGCGCCACGAGAGCAACGGAAGAAAACAGUGGCUCGAUAGCAAGUUUGCUUAGCCAAUUACCGCAAACACCACAAAUGCAACAACAAGCAAUGUUGGGGUCGCUUGAAGAUGGCGUUUUUCGGCAACAAUAUCAAUUACAGGGCAUGAAUUGGUACUCUUAGAUCAGUUUUGGAAAGUUGGUGUGAACGAUUUCCAUAAUCUUCUUUUCCAUGAGUCACUUCAAAAACCCUAAAAGGUAAAAAUGAUCUUUAUAUAUACUUUUUUUUUAUGCGCAAUGCAGCUGUUUAAUUAAUUAAUUUAUUAAACUUGUACAACAUAUACAUAUGUACUUUACUAAAUUCUGUAAUAUAUAAGGUAGAAAUGAUUUAUACAUACAUA